AUGUCCCUACCGCAGCCUCUUCCCCGUGUCCCAACCGCGGAAGAAAUUGUUCCAGCUAUGCACGGGAUCAUCAACCAAUUCAAUAGUGUUCGCGACCAAAUCCUCAAAACCACUACCCCCUCCAUUGCAACCUUCAGCAAUACCAUGUUUCCCAUAGCGCAUGUCGAAAAUGCCACCCAGGGCGAGCUAGGCAUGAUUUACAUGCUUCAGUAUGGAUCUCCAUCUCUUGCGACACAGGAAGCUUUCAACGAGGCCCGGAAGCUAUAUCUGGAAGCCUUGGCGUUGUGGAUGGCGGAUGAAUCCUUUUUUAAACUCCUUCGGGCGGCAAAAGAGAAGCCAGAGUUUCAUAUGCUGGACCCGGAAUCACAGCAUUUGCUGGAGAAGGAGCUGCUAAAGCAUAAGCAUAUCGGACAUGGGAUCCUGGAGCCUGAUGAAUUGGAAGAGUACCUGAAGAGACGGACGGAGAUUGCGGAGUUGGAGAAGACGUUUAACCAGAAUCUGUCAAUGGAAAACGGUGGCGUCUGCUUUACGCUGGAGGAACUGGAUGGUGUUCCGGGCGACGAGUUGGCGAAGUGGCCAGAUGGUCAAGAGGUAAUGAAUGAAAAGCACGAGAAGAAAAGAUUUGUGCCUUUCGCCAAUGGAGGGACGAGUGCUGUCCUAACCUAUGCCCAUCUCCCCGAAACCCGGAAGAAAAUGUUCUUGGCAGACAAUUUGAAGUUGAAAGGGAACAAGCCCAUAUUUGAAGAGAUUGUUUAG